AUGCCAUCAUCGCCGACCAAGAAGACGCCCGUCAAAUUCGCGCGCCGCACGUCGAGCGGCCACGUCGUCAGCCUGUCACGCGACGAGGACGUUGAUGUCGCCGGCGAGUUCAUCUCCUCCGGUGGCCCCAAUGACUACGCCAACUACACCGUCCACAUGCCUCCCACACCAGACAAUCAGCCUUAUAACGCCGCCGCCGCAGGAGUCAGCGGCGGCCCUUCCUGUAAGCCCGACGACCUCCCAGCUCCGCCAUACCGGAAGCGAGCGACCCGACUGAGCAAGGACGAGGGGGACUUCGUCGGAGGCGGCGGAGGAGGUGAUGCGUCCGGGAAGUUGGACCGCCGGGUUUCGGUCAUGAAGUCGCCGAACAAUAAGUCGAUGUUGCUAAGGAGUCAGACGUCGGAUUUCGACCACAAUCGGUGGCUGUUCGAGACCAAGGGCACUUACGGGAUCGGAAACGCCUUCUGGUCCAAAGACGAGGUAGAGUACGACGAGGAGGGCGAGCCGAUGAGGAUGACGGACUUCUUGGAGAAGCCAUGGAAGCCGCUCACCAGGAAGGUGCAAGUCUCGCCGGGCAUUCUCAGUCCCUACAGGCUUCUAGUGGUGGUACGAUUGGUGUUCUUGAUUCUUUUCCUCUCGUGGCGGGUUCGAAACCCAAACCCGGACGCGAUGUGGCUGUGGGGUUUGUCCAUUGUGUGUGAGAUCUGGUUCGCCUUCUCAUGGUUGCUGGACCAAUUGCCGAAGCUCAAUCCCAUCAACCGUGUGGCCGACCUCGCCGCCCUCCGCGAGAAGUUUGACAUGCCGUCGCCGACGAACCCCCUCGGCCGAUCCGACCUUCCUGGCCUCGACGUCUUCAUAUCCACCGCCGACCCGGAAAAGGAGCCACCGCUGGUCACUGGAAACACGAUCCUUUCAAUUCUCGCCACCGAGUACCCUGUCGAGAAGCUCUCUGUUUACGUUUCCGAUGACGGCGGGGCGCUGCUCACCUUCGAGGCCAUGUCGGAGGCUGCAUCCUUCGCCCAAGUUUGGGUCCCCUUCUGCCGCAAGCACAACAUCGAGCCGCGCAACCCGGAUAGCUACUUCGGCAUCAAGCGCGACCCGACCAAGAACAAGAAGCUGCCGGACUUCGUCAAGGAUCGCCGUUGGAUCAAGCGGGAGUACGAUGAGUUCAAGGUCCGCAUCAAUGGCCUUCCCGACGCCAUCCGGCGCCGCUCCGAGGUCCUAAAUGCCCGCGAGCGGAAGCUUGCUCGCCAGCGCAGCGGUGGCGAGGAGGGUUCUACGGCCGCUGCAGUCGAUUCCAAGUCUCCUCCCGCGGCCACUUGGAUGGCCGACUCUACGCACUGGCCGGGCACUUGGGCGGCUCCUUCGCCAGAUCAUUCCAAGGGCGACCAUGCUGGCAUCCUCCAGGUGAUGAUCAACACUCCCCAUCACGAGCCCGUCUACGGUUUCCCCGGCGAGCACCCGUACCUCGACUUCACGGGCAUCGACACCCGCCUACCGAUGUUUGGGUACGUCUCCCGCGAGAAGCGCCCAGGAUACGACCAUAACAAGAAGGCCGGCGCCAUGAAUGCCAUGGUGCGCGCCUCAGCCAUCCUCUCCAACGGCCCCUUCAUCCUCAACUUCGACUGCGACCAUUACAUCUACAACUCGUUUGCCAUCAGGGAGGGCAUGUGCUACAUGAUGGACCGUGGCGGCGACCGCGUCUGCUACGUCCAGUUCCCGCAGCGCUUCGAGGGCAUCGACCCCUCCGAUCGCUACGCCAACCACAACACCGUCUUCUUCGACGGCAACAUGCGCGCCCUAGACGGUCUCCAAGGCCCCAUGUACGUCGGCACCGGCUGCCUUUUCCGCCGCUACGCGCUCUACGGAUUCAACCCCCCGCGCGCCAAUGAGUACACGGGACUCUACGGCCAGAACAAGCGUCCAGCGCCGCCGCCGCCUGAACCGCCCAAUUCGGGGAGCUUGGGCGAGGAGGCACAGUCGAUGGCCACGCACCCGGACCUCAUCACGCCGAUUAAAUUUGGCAACUCCAAAAUGUUCAUCGAUUCCAUUGCAGUGGCUGAGUUUCAAGGCCGCCCCUUGGCCGACCACCCAGGUAUCAAGAACGGUCGCCCGCCCGGUGCCUUGCUGGAGCCACGCCCAACCCUCGACGCGGCCACCCUCGCGGAGGCUGUUUCCGUCAUCUCCUGCUGGUUGGUGCGCCUAUCGAUGCAAUUUCAUCGUCUACUUUCUACCGAAAGUUUCAUCGAACAACUUGCGUGCAGGUACGAGGAUAAAUCAGAGUGGGGGGAGAGGAUUGGGUGGAUCUACGGAUCCGUGACAGAGGACGUGGUGACGGGCUACAGGAUGCAUAAUCGCGGUUGGCGGUCGAUCUACUGCAUCACCAAGCGCGACGCCUUCCGGGGAACAGCGCCGAUCAACCUCACCGACCGGCUACACCAAGUUCUGCGAUGGGCGACUGGCUCCGUGGAGAUCUUCUUCUCGCGCAACAACGCCUUCCUCGCCUCGUCGCGCCUCAAAUUUCUGCAGCGCAUCUCCUACCUCAACGUCGGCAUCUACCCCUUCACCUCCAUCUUCCUCCUCACCUACUGCUUCCUCCCGGCGCUCUCCCUCUUCAGUGGCACCUUCAUCGUGCAGACCCUAAACAUGACCUUCCUCAUCUACCUCUUCCUCAUCACCACCACGCUCAUCCUGCUAUCCUUGCUGGAGGUGAAGUGGUCCGGGAUCGCAUUAGAAGAGUGGUGGAGGAACGAGCAAUUCUGGGCCAUCGGCGGCACGAGCGCGCAUCUAGCGGCGGUGUUGCAGGGACUGCUCAAGGUGAUCGCCGGCAUCGAGAUCUCCUUCACGCUAACCUCCAAGUCGGCGAACGAGGACGAAGACGACAUCUAUGCCGACCUGUACUUGGUCAAGUGGACAAGCCUCUUCAUCCCGCCGCUCACCAUCAUCGUGGUGAACCUGGUGGCCAUGGUGAUCGGCGUGUCGAGGACGGUGUACAGCGAGAUCCCGCAGUGGAGCAAACUGCUUGGUGGGCUCUUCUUCAGCUUCUGGGUGUUGGCCCAUAUGUAUCCCUUCGCCAAGGGCCUUAUGGGCCGAAGAGGGAGGACCCCCACCAUCAUCUGGGUUUGGGCCGGAAUCGUCUCCAUCACGGUGUCGCUCUUGUGGAUCUCGAUCAACCCGCCAGAUGGCAGCCCGACCGGUGAGAUCGACGUGUGAAUUUCGCAAUUGGAACACGCACACAAGUUGAAUCACAUAAUUUCUGCGCCACUCAAGUGAAUAGAUAGCUGUAAAUUUCUUACAUGUAAUGUUGCAAAUUCGUUCAUUCAA